AUGUUAAAGUUAUAUAAUAGUUCUUUAGAUCCUAUAAAUAAUUGGACAAAUGUUGAAGUUAUUAUAUCACCUGGACCAUAUAAUAUUUUAAUUGGCUGUACAUAUUUAGGAAUAAGUUGUUGUUUUAUUUUUAUACAAAUAAUGACAUUUAUUACAUUUUAUAAAAAAACUAAUUUAAUGUUUCAUAUACCACUUAAAUUAAUGAUAAAUAUUGGAGUAACAGAAAUCAUCCAACAAACAAUUCAUUUAAUAGCAUCAUUUUAUACAAUAUUUUUAUUAUCAACAGAAUCAUUUUUAAUAAAUUGUUUGGCAUCUAUUUUACAAUCAUCAUAUAUAACAUCAAUUGCAUUUGUUACAUUAUUAACAUUAAAUCGUUUUACUGUUUUUUAUCAACAAAAAUUUCUUCCUAUUCUUAAUAAUGAUAAUAUAUUUACCUGUGGAAUUAUAUUUUGUUAUAUUUUUUAUAUUUUACUUAUAAUAUUUUAUAUGAUUCCAUCAUAUCGUUUAACAUUUACUCUUGUUAAUUAUGGAUGGUUAUAUUCAAGUAAAAAAGAUAAAUGGGUAUUAGCAUGGGAACUUGAAAAUAAAACAUCAACAAUACUUUUAUUAUUUAGUUUUAUUUUAUAUGUAUUAAUUUUUUGUAAAGUUGUCUAUAUGAGAAAUACAAUUUCUAAUACAUUUGGUAUUCAAUUUUCAGAUAUAAGAAUACUUGCACAAGGUAUAUUUAAUUUUGUAUCAAUUGUAUUUCUUGAAUGGGGUUGGAGAUAUUUACCAAAUAUUGUUCAAGAUCAAUUUACAUGUGCUAUCAUUCUUAAUUAUUUAUUUUUAAUUGUUAGUGGAAAUAAUACUAUAUCAGGAUUAAUAUUAAUUAAAGAAUUAAGGAAAGAAAUAUACAAUUUUAUUUUUUAUUGCUUUAAUAAAUCUAAAACAACUACAUCAAUGGUAAAAGUUAAAAGACUAAUUUUUGUAAAUAAAGUUUCUAGAUGUAAACCUUAA